GAACAUGGCUGCCUCCCAGUGUCUGUGAGGCAGUUGGUGGUGGUGCAACACACACUCUCCACAUGGCUCGGCUCUAUUGUGUGGACUGAUUCUCGUUUGCAAGUGUGGGCCCGCACUCUCUGCUGGCGCACGGCUGCUACACUGCGAAUUUCCUCAUUCCCUGCUCCAAUAACUCGCUCUCUCUCUCCCUCUCACGUUUUGCAUUUGACCCGGUUUGUUCUCAUUUUGACCACCAAACUGGGGCAGUGAUUUGAAGUUCAAUAUUAUAUUUUCUUGUCGAGUGGUUUUUCUCAACACAUUUCUUAAAUGUUAAACAUUCACCAAACACUUCUGUGUGCACCUCUAUGCACUAACAUUGAAGUGAUUCCAUGGAAGUUGGAUUUUUCCUAUUUAAAUAUUAACCCCUAACUCCUGGGGGGUAAUUUUGGGGGUAUUCACCAUUAAUAUUACCUUGGCACCAGGAGGUGAAGCCAUAACCAUUAGUAAUUUAGUCACCAAGUGAGGCACUUUUGGGGAAACUUGCCGUGUGUUCACUUCAAGAGCCAAAAUGGGUCUAGUAAAAGAGAGCAAAAGGGAGGUUCAGUUGGAGAGUGGCAUUAGGGACUGUGAGCCGAUGAUCAGCAAGGCGCUGGAGGGCCAAAUCGUGUGUGCUUGUCCAGCAGAGCUUGAAAUUAUCGUGGAGAAUCAAGAGAGCGGCGCCGCUAAGGUCUUGACCAAGAAGCCUCAUCUAAAGGGACGUAUUGAGGUGGGGGAUGGGUUGUUUGAGGAGCGCUCGUCAACAUCGGAUGAUGACCAAGUGGUAUCUUUAAUCCAUGGAGGGGAAGCACUGGAAAGUGAUGAAGAAACCAGUCUAUCCAUCCUGACCCAAGUUAUGCUGCCUUUCCUAGUGGCAGGUCUGGGAAUGGUGGGAGCGGGACUGGUGCUUGAUCUUGUCCAGCACUGGGAUGUGUUUAGAGAUGUGAGUGAACUUUUCAUAAUGGUGCCAGCUCUUCUGGGUUUGAAAGGAAAUCUGGAAAUGACGUUAGCAUCACGGCUCUCCACUCAUGCCAAUCUCGGCCACCUAGAUAAAAGAGAAGACUGUGUGUCAAUGAUCAUUGGGAACAUGGCACUUAUUCAGUGUCAAGCUAUAGUGGUUGGAUUUCUGGCAUCUGUAGCUGCAGUGGUGAUGGGAUGGAUUCCAGAGGGGCACUUUGAUCUGUUGCACGCACUGCUGCUCUGUGCCGCGGCCCUGGUCACUGCGUCUCUUGCCUCGCUAAUCUUAAGUAUGAUCAUGGUUGGAGUCAUUCUUGCAUCAAGAAAGUGCAACAUUAAUCCAGACAAUGUUGCUACUCCUAUAGCUGCUUCUCUUGGGGACUUAACUACUCUCGGCUUAUUGGCUUGGAUUGCCUCGGUACUCUACAUUUCAAAAGAUUCUGAUAUAUGGUUAUCCCCAUUGAUUGUGGUUGGCUACCUGCUCUCCUUACCACUAUGGGUGUGGCUCGCUGGUCGCAACAAGCAUACCAGGGAGGUUCUCUACUCUGGAUGGACUCCUGUCAUUUCGGCUAUGAUGAUUUCCAGCAUGGGAGGUCUGAUUCUAGACUUCACAGUGGCCAACUACAAGGGCAUCGCGGUGUUCCAACCUGUGAUCAAUGGUGUUGGAGGAAACCUAGUGGCGGUGCAGGCUUCCCGUGUGUCCACUGCUCUUCAUGCUGCAGCUCCUCUUGGCAAGAUGCCCAAGUUUGUGGCCGAGCUGUGCAUCAAUCCUUGUUCUGCGUUCUGUGCUCGGGCUGGUCAUCCUCGAACUGCAAGAGUUCUCUUACUUCUGGUCGUACCAGGACAUUUAGUCUUCAUGUACACCAUCUCGUACCUUAAGGCUGGACACACGUCCCUCACUCCUAUCUUUGUUGUUACGUACCUGCUGGCUGCAUUCCUCCAGGUGGCAAUCCUACUGUAUAUUGCACAUGUAAUGGUGCAUUGGAUGUGGAAAAUGUCCAUUGAUCCAGACAACUCUGCCAUUCCAUACUUGACUGCCCUCGGAGAUCUCCUUGGAACAGGCCUCCUAGCCAUAGCUUUCCACUUCCUCUACCUGGUUGGUGAUGGAGAUGCCGAUCUUGGCGACUAACAUUGGGAUGCAUUGUUGGGGAUUAUUUAUCACAUAGGUAUUUGUAAAUGUUCAUUAUAUGUAUUUUUAUUGUAUUUUGUGACAGUUUACAAUAUAUGGCAAAUCUACAGUGAUGAAAAUUUUGUGAAGAAUAUUCAAAACUUUUAUAAACAAGGUGCUACUUUUUUUAAGCUUACUGAGGCUGGUAGUAAGGAAGUAUGAGACUGGAGUCUAUAUGAUACACUUCAGGAAGAAUUUGUUCAAGUUUUUCAUUCGCAAAUCUUGAAAAUUCUUGAUAUCGUACUGUUUGUACUUAUUUAUUUUUCUAACUUAAAUGAAUUGUUCUUGUCGAAGCAAACAGUUUGCUAAUUAAAAUUGUGCAUCUUCGUUUUAUGAUAAUUACUUUAUAAUGCAAAAUAUGUUUUUAAGAUUUAUUUAAAUUUUAUUUCCCCCACUUCGUUUGAGAUAUAAUGAUAGCAACAGGUAGCCUUAUUGCUCUAUGUUGUCAUGUCAUAAAUACACACACACACGCGCGCGAGUAUUUUGUGUUAUUUUAUCCCGAAGAAGUUGUACCUCAGGCUUUAGUGUUCCCGCAGGGUUGAGGUUCAGUCUCGUGCAUGCGUACCAUGAGGAGAGGUGAGAGUGUAAUGCAACUGUAUGUAGUAUAUGUACAAAUGAGUGUGACUGCGGGCACGGAUGAGGAUAGAUAAGGUUGUAACCGUCUCAUGUGUGUACACGUGGCUACAACUGUAUUCGCACAUACGACUGAGGAUAAAUAAGGUUGUAACUCUGUUUGUGGACAAGUGGUUGUAACUGCAUGUAAACACACAAUAUUUUCUAGCCAUUAAUGUAUUUUUCUUCCUAAAUGUAUAUCAGAGCAUAGCCAUAUUGUCAGUUUUCCCAGCAAGCUUGGCAUACUAUGGCUAUAAGAUUUUAGAGAAAAGUUUGUACUUAACUGAUAACCUAAGUAUUUAUCAUUUUACAAACCAUUACAUCAUCUUAAAUGGUAAUUUACAUGUAAAAUCAUUCAUAUUGACUUCAUUUGAUGAUUUGAAGUAUAUCUGUGAUAAUAUUACCUAAUACUGGUGCAGUACUUGAAGUGCAAUAUUGUUAUGUAAUAACAUUUUCCCAGUAAUUUGUGAAGAAAUUCAAUUUAUAUAUUUUUAUCAAGAAAAUUUAUACUAAUGGUAAAGAGCAUACUAAUAAUGGCAAUAAAUUUCUCAAUCAUUUUUCAUCCCAUAAAUCUACUAACACAUUUCUGAUUAGCUAAAGCACUCAAGACAAAUGUAGAAAUACAUAGGAAAGUAUAGCUCAUACAUACAGUCUAGGGCCAGUGUUUUUUGAAUUGAUAGUAGCAUAUUUAGAGAGAUAAGUGUAUUGUAAAUUCAGUGUAUGGUUGUAUGGAAAAGAUGUAAUAUUACACAGCAGAGAAACAUACACUGUAGCACAUACAAAAUCAAAAGUUUAUAGGUGCCCUAAAAAAAAGGAUACAGUACUGUAGUUUCAAAGUUAACAUGCAAUAAAUUCCAUACUUAUUAGCUAUUAAAGCCAGAUUUUUGAGAACUAGUUUUAGUAAAAAACUUUAAUAAAACUUUAGUAAAAAAACAAAAUAUAUAUAGAUACAAAAUGACAUUAGUUCAUGUAGUAAUAUGGUAAUACAGUACUGGUCAAUACAUAGACAAACUACUGUAGUUCACGUUCCUCGUGCGACGUCAUAAUUAAUAUCACCAUUUGUAUCCCUGGGUUUAUACUAACUUCGUACAGGAGUGUAUUAAACCUGAAGCACUGAGUAGUUAUAUUUUUCUAUGUUGGUUGCAUGACUUUGACAUUUACUUAUUUUAUAAUAGCAUAAAUGAGAUCAUUGUCACGUUUUGGGUCCUUAGACGAACAAGCUACAUUAUUUAUUUUCUGCAAAACUGUUUUACGUAUGUAGCAUUAUCUAAAUAUUUAUCAAAUUUAAGAGUAACAUCUGCCAAUUUUAUAAGUUACAUUUAAGAGUAUUACAUUAGAUACAGCACAUAUUUGCACAAUAAUCCUUCUCAUUAAUUCCAACUUCUCAACUACUAUUGAACUAAAGGUCUGGCGUUCAUUAGCUACAUAAUCUUUUCGCCUUAAAAUUCUCUCUUUGGUUUAACUAGAAUUUAUCUUUUCACUGUAAUUUAACCCUUUUAUAAGUUAUUUCUGCCAAUUCAGUCAUUUCUGUAUUGUUUCCACUUGUUAAUUUUAUUGCAUUUGGUGUGCUGACUAUUAAAUUUUGUAGGUUCUCCAUCAACUAUGUCUCGGCACAAUGCAUUAACACAGAUUAUGCAGCUCUCUCCAAGUGUAUGUUUAUAUAUUAGAUUAGGUUGAAUUAAUUCAAAUAACCCUUUUUUGUAUAUUUUUAUCCCAUUGCCCUUUUUAAUCUCGUUAAAAAAUCUUUUGAUCAUGACAGUACGUAGUUAAGAUUUUGUUGAUUCAUUUUGAGCUGUGCUCUUGCAUCUUUAAUAUUUAUAAAUCAUAUGUAUCAUAUGCACUUUUUAUUGUAGUAAGGCUAAAGCAAAAAAUGCUAUUAAUGCAUUUCAUUCAUUUUGUUAUAAUUCAAGCAUAAUAGCUUAGGGUAUUUUUAUUGUGUACAGUGCCUAGUUUAACUGUUGGAAUUGUAUGGAGAGAAUCAAAUUUGACAUAAGCUGGUACGAGGUAAUUAAAAGUAAAAACAAUUAUCUUCCCAACUGCAUCUAACAGUGCAGUAUACUGUACCUGAUGGAAUGAACUGAAAAUUUAGAUUUUGGGUUCAAAUCCCGAGGCGGGACACAAAUGGUUAACCACAUUUCCCAACACCUAAUGUACCUGUUCACCUCGCAGUAAAUAAGUACCCAGGAGUUCAGUCAGCUUAUUGUGGGGUUACAUCCUGGGGAGGGUCAGUAGUUCGACCUUGGGAGAUCUCAAUAUAAGCCUAACAUGUAUGUAUAUACACAAGCUGCCUGUCCCAGAGAAAAUUCAUUAUUAACACAAAAUUAUAAUAUGUUGCCCCAUUGAAUAGAAAUGUAUCUAGUUGGCUUCUUUAUCCCCCAAGUAUUUCAGAGGUUCAUUUCCAAUUUCGGCUUUUUCUUUGGUACACAAAGUUGCCACGAGUUGACCAAGUUAUGGUGAAUUGUAAUUUUCACAAUAGCUGAUUUAAAAUAUAGUACUGUAUACAGAAUAGACUUGGUAGUCAGUCAAAGUAUCCAUAAUUAUUUUGACAGAUAUGUCGUAAAAGCAGAAUCUCUCCUCACAUUUCCUACAUGCUGUAAGGAUUAUUCUACUCAAUAUUUCAGUUUUAUUAUGCUGUCAAUUUAAAAAAAAUUCCUCCUUCUUUUUUUACUUGGUAUAGUUCAUCAGUUAACAGGAUAUAUCAUAAACAGUACAGAACUUCUAAUUUUUGUCUCCAAAUGCCCUUAGUUUCCUUCAAUAAGAAGCUUUGAAUGGCCCAUAGGUUCCAUCGCAUGGCCGUGAGUUUUCCAUCAUCCUUCAUCUUGAUUCACAGUAACCUUCCAAUGAAAGCGCUUUUCCUUAUAAAUUCCUAUUCACCUCAUUCUAAUACAUUCCUAGUCACUUGAGUUACACACAAUUCAUAAUAUUCAUAUUUGUUUUAUUUAUAUGUCCGUCCAUUGUUUGUCCCGCUAAACAGUUAAUGAGUUUGUUUGUUAUUUUUUUAAAUGCUUUAUUUGAUCUUACCCAGAGUUGCUGCUUAGUAUGGUGGCUCUCAACUUGUCACAUCAUAUUAUUGAUAGAGAUCUGCAACUGUAUCUAAGCUGUAAUUCUGAAUUUUCCAACAUCGGCAUUCAGGCACAUGGGCACAAAAAUUACCUGGGUUUAUACUGUAAUAGUAUCCACUCGUAGGGAGCACCGCCACUUUCAUUAUUCAUUUCCAGUUUAUUUCCAGUUUUUCUGGGAAUAUGGUCUCGUGUACGCGCGCGCGCACACACACACACACACACACAGGCCUUGCGGCUGAGUGGACAGCGCUCGAGGGAUGUAGUCCAAAUGGCCCAAGUUCAAUUCCCGGUGGAGGUGGAAACACAUGGGCAGAGUUUCUUUCACCAUGAUGCCUCUGUCCACCUAGCAGUAAAUAGGUACCUGGGAGUUAGACAGCUACUAUGUGCUGCUUCCUGGGGAUGUGUGUGUGUUAGAGAGAAAUAUAUGUAGUAGACAUAAUACAGGAAAAAUAGAUUGGCUAGAAAGGCAGGGUCCAUGAGCUAAAUAGCCCAAUUCUAUAGACACAAAUAGUAAAUACUCCCCCCCCCCCAUCAGUAGUUUCAAAGCAUCAUAUGACAAAGUUUACUGGGAAGAUGGGACACCAAGAGUGUAACUCUCAUUCUGAAACUACACUUGGGAAGUUACAUGAGGUAAUUACACACCUGUAAAUACUGUAUAUAGUCCAAGGAAUUCCUUGAUCACAUCUUCACUUACAAAUUUAAUACAGGCACAUUGACAUACUGUUUGUGCUACCACGUUGGAAGACUAAAAGAUAUAUGAUCUGUUGGAACGACAUAGAUCUGCAAAUGCAUACCAAUUUAGUGAAAGUCAUUGGAGCAGUAUGGAGUAACCAUGCGUCACCCCAGGCAUGCGUCUGGGGUGACCCAUCCUGGGUCACCCCAGGAUGAUGCGUCUGGGGUGACCCAUCCUGGGUCACCCCAGGAUGAUGCGUCUGGGAUGACCCAGGACACUGGUUCUGUCCUCGUCCUGUUUCAGUGAUUUUCGUAAAGGUACAUCACACUGUUGUAAUUUCCUAGGGAACCACUUUAGUGUUUUCUUUAGCAUGAUGUUCUGCAUACAUAAACCAUAUUCUUUUUUUUUUUUUAUCAUCAUAUUCCUCUUUGAUUUCCUUCACUUUUAGUUUACUGUAUAUUUUUUAAUUUUAUUACCCAAUUUGUUCAUAUUUGCAUAUACUAAUGUGUAUGUAGAGUGCAAAACGUUUGGAAGAAUUGGCUAAUACAGUAAUUUCUCCUACACCAUGUUAGAGAUCUUCAAAAUUCUGCAUUCUGUCUUGGCCACUCUCAUAGUGGUGUUCAAAACUUUCAUGACCUUUUUGUUUUCCCCACAUCAUUUAGCACUUGAUCCUCCUACUUAACACACAUCUGACAUAUGUUAUUUGUGUUUGUGUCUAGUUUCUUUGUAUUUGUCUUUUAUUUAACAUUCUCAGUACAAUAAUUAGUGGUGUGAACAUGACUAAAAGUAAAAAAUACCAAAAAAAUCAAUAAAAAUAAAUUAGUUUUAAACUAAAAUUAACAAGAUAAUUUAUUGUGUAUAUAAUAUAAUAUUCCAUCCAAGUAGAUCUCAGAUUUAUAAUUGAGCAAAAGCAUAAAUUUUGUAACAUACUUGCCUAGCUGGUGUAAAGGGUAAAUGAAACAUUGACUGGGAGAGUAGUGGAGGUGAUGAUGAGGGAAGAAAGGAGUCAGCAGACAGUUACUGCCCAUAGAACCAGUCCUUCUGCAUCCUCCAGUUGACAUUCUUCCACAAGGCAAAAAUAAAUAUUGUACUACCAAUGCAAUGUCAAAGACACAGACUUCAGUAUAAUGGGAAUGUUAAAAUGCCGGAAAAUGUUUUGCUGGAGCAAUCAAUAUUUCAAAGUUCUGAACGGGAACCAGAAUUUUUAGAUGUUGGUUCCAUUAGCAAAAUCCUUUUGGAUUUUUAAGGUUUGCAUUAUAUUGUUGUCUAGAUUUUUUAGGUUUCACUAGUGUAGUAAAAUUUGAGACUGCUUAAUGUUAGAAUUCACUUAGAAAUGCUCUGUGGCUGUAUCAGCGAUAUCAGUACUGUAGAUUUUUUUUUUUUAUUAAUUUUUUUUAAAUGUACAGUAAUUCAUACAGAUUUGCAAUGUUCGUGUUCCUUGCAAUUUGUUACAUCAUAUUUAGUUACAUAAUGGUCUGUUGGAUACCAAAAACAUUAAUAGUACAAUACUACAGAUAAAAAUGACAUGAAAAUGAAUUAUGUUUUGUUGAUAACACCAAGGUUGUGUUCCCCCUCUUAAUAAGAAACGAGUGGAAUGUUUAAAAAAGAAUUACUUGUAUUGUUUUGAACAUUGAGAAAUUUUAAUGUUUAAUAUGCACAAUCAUGCACACACUGUUUUUAUUUUUGGUUCACAAGUUCAUGAGGUAAUAUUUUCAUACGUGACUUUUUAUAAAGCAGUAAAAACUCAGACUAAGCAUUAAAAUAUUAGCAGUGGAUAGUUGAAGAAAAAAUAUAACCAUUUUAUUAUAGUACAAUGGAGUAUUGCAGUUUUCUGUUGUCCCAUGUGGUCUUGGUCUGUACCAGUACUGUACAGGGAUUUAGAUUUGUGAAUUAUGUAACUGUAGGGUUUGUUUUUAUUGGAUAAAUUUUUGUACAUUGUAAAAUAUUUUUUUAAUAUAUUUUUUUAUAAUUGCUAUUCUGCUAUCCGUAUAUAUCUCCAAAGUUCAUCUGCAUGUGAUAGUUGUACAUCUUAAAUACCUCAAGAGAGAGUUAUAGAAGCUGGUUUUGAAAUAAUUACAAGUGUCUAGUGCCUUGUCAGCCGUUCUUUACUUCCAUGAUGACUUCAAGCAGUUGGUAAGGAGGGAUACAUGUAUGGUAAGAUGUGAUAUAUGUAUGGUAAGAUGUGAUACAUGUAUGAAGAUUGGUGUUUACUAAAUUUGCUAGAAAUGUAAAUAAUUAAUAAAUAAAGCUCACAUUGUUAUAA